AUGCCUCUUCCCGCCGGUGUCUACCGCGCUGACCAUGUUGGCUCCUUUCUUCGCCCCAAGGAGGUCCUUGCCGCGCGUGAGAGGCUCGACACGAACUCCAUCUCCCCAACAGAGCUGCGGCAGAUCGAGGACGCGCAUAUUGCCACGGUGGUGCAGAAGCAAAUAGAAAAUGGCCUGCAGAUUGUGACCGACGGCGAGUUCCGCCGCGCCUGGUUCCAUAUUGAUUUCUUGCAACACCUGGCCGGCGUCGAGCGCCACGGCAGCCUGUCGUCGACCAACGUCACGUCGCACGGAGUGACGCCGCCCAAGCUGGUCGUCGUCGGCAAGCUCGGGCAUCCAAAGGCCAUCCAGGCCGAGGACUACCUGUACGUGGAGAAGGUAAGGGGGGACAAGAAGGGCGUCACGACAAAGGUGUGCAUCCCCAGCCCGACCAUGGUGCACUUCCGCGGCGGGAGGGAUACCAUCUCCAAGGAGGCCUAUCCGACGCUGGAACCCUUCUUUGAGGACCUGGUCAAGGUGUACCAGGCCGAGAUUGCCGAUCUGUACGCCGCCGGCUGCCGGUUCGUGCAGCUCGACGACACCAACCUGGCCUACCUCUGCGACGAGGGCAUGCGCGCCGAGGCGGCGAAGCGCCACGGCGAAGACCCGCAGAAACUCACCAAGCAGUAUGCGGCUCUCAUCAACGCGGCCAUCAGCAAGCGGCCAAAGGACAUGGUCAUUGGCAUCCACCUCUGCCGCGGCAACUUCAGGUCGCAGUGGUUCGCCGAGGGCGGCUACGAGCCCGUGGCCGAGGUGCUGUUCAAGGAGCUGGAUGUCGACGUCUACUUCCUUGAGUAUGACGAUGCGCGGUCUGGCGACUUCUCGCCCCUGCGCCAUCUACCCGAGAACAAGACUGUUGUGCUGGGGGUCAUGUCGAGCAAGAAGGCCGAGCUCGACGACAAGGAGGACAUCAUCAAGCGACUGCACGAGGCGGCCAAGUUUUGCCCGAGGGGGUUGGACCAGCUGUGCUUGUCCCACCAGUGCGGCUUCAGCUCAACCAAGGAGGGUAAUGACCUGACCGAGGAGCAGCAGUGGGCAAAGGUGCGGCUAGAGGUGGAAAUUGCGAAGCAGGUCUGGGGUGACGAUCUGUCGGUGUAA